GCACUGGUUCUGGUCUCCCCUUGGUUCCCGCCUCCUGGCUUUCCUCGAGGCUCCUGGCUUUCUGUCUUUGCCUGUACAUAACCGUCUUACGUUAUGACUGCUGUUCUGCAAGCCACGGACAUCCUGCGCAAGGACAGAAUGGGUUCCAUGGACGACAACUCUAUCAAUUUCUCCUCCCCGGGGGCGGACUGGAAGUCAAAGUAUCUCGAGGUGGCCGAUAUGCUGGCAGAAACGCGCGCCGAACUCGACGACUUCCACCACUCAAGCAAGGAGCUAGAGGAGGAACUCGAACGCGAGCUGGAGCGGACCGAGAAGGCUCAACAGGAGCUCAAAGUCAAGGUAGCUAGGGCGGAACAGGAGAGGGACGAUUGGAAGACCAAGUUUAUGUCUCUCCAAACGACGCACAACACCACGACAACCUCCCUUCAACGCGAAUUGGACAAGCUACGGCAAGACUACCAGAAGAUCAAGGUGCAGCUACGAGAGCUAGAGAUGGGCAACGACGACUUGGAGCGGAGUGAACGGGCGAUAUCGUCCAGUUUGGCCGAUAUGGAGCAGAAGUAUGCGCGGGUGCUGGAGGAGAAGAUCCUCCUGGAGCACGAGUUACUGGACAAGGCCAAUAUGGAGGAGGAAGGUCAACGAGUGAAGGACGAGCUGAGAGAUGCCAACGAAGAAAUUGCGAUUCUGAAAGACCAAUUGGCUGCCGCCCAGCAGCGUGCCAACAGCAUCUCAACGACCUCCGUGAAUUCCUCGACGCCAUCGUCACUACCCAACGCCACACCAUCGUUAUCGGACGAGGACCUUCUCAGCGUCCCAACUCCCCCAGAUCUCUGCCUCGCAGAUCUCACUCCCCCACCAGAAACACCCGCCAAGGAUUUCCCCACCCCGAUCUCCAUCGUUUCGCCCCGCCCAACCAAGGGUGCCAACCCCUCUACGCCCACAUCCAUGCUCCAACGUGCCGGUUUCCAACCACCACGCGCCAACGUCUCCACUCCUCAGGGCGGCAUGUCUGCUAUCGCGCGAUCUAAUACUCUGCCUGGUCUCUCCCCCUCUCGCUUGCCUCCCCCUCGAACUCCCGUCCCGAGACCUGCCGCUCUUCGUGCUACUACGACCCUGAACUCGAGCAUUGCGGGUACCGCCGGCGGUGUCCCUUCCACAGCAUCUAGGAGUCGAGGCGUGCAAAUGGUAUCGGAGAUGAGGGCUCGUGUGAGGGUCCUCGAACAGAAGAUUCACACCCGUGUUCCGCGGUUGCGUAUGGGCAGCGUCACUAGUCGAACGUCGGCAAACGCAAUGCCGCCUCCCCCUGUUCCUACGAAAGCUUCUUCUUCAUCAGCUUCACCAGUCCCAUCGACUUCCUCUUCCCGCGCAUCGCACGACGAUCGUCUUAGCCCCGCCGUCGCAAAGUCGCGGCGGCAGAGCAUCGACUCAGAUGGCGACUUCAAACGAACCCCGGGCGCGGACACGUCUGGAUGGGUGCUCAUCAUGGAGGACUCGCCGUCACCGGUGAAGGACAAGGAGAAGGAGCGGCGGCGGACUUCGAGCCCCACUGCCCCUACUGCAUUUCGCGCUGUAUCAUCCAGCUCGUUGGAGUCACCAUCAUCAACGGGGAGCAACAGUCGGACUACCAGCGCUCUGUCUCAAAGUGUCAUGCCCACUGGGCUUCGGCGUCCGCAGUCGCGGCUAUCGGUCUCGACGGAGGGGCGGAGCAGUGUCAGCACCAACGCAACUACAAGCACUACCAGCUCUAUCCCUACCCCUUCGUCGCGACCAUCGACGCCUACAUUCCUUCCGGUGCCCUCUGCGAGUAUCUAUGGCGGAGCAGGUUUGAAGCGUUCGACGGGCCCCGGAUCGGGCGCAUACAGUCAACCAAAGCGCUCGUCCCUCGGUGCCAGCACUAUCCGAUCUCCCGUCCUAGACUCUCCGAGCUACAGCACCCAUUCCAAUGUCACUAUCCGAGCGCCGAAGCUACCACCACCUUCGGCACUCGCCCAGAGCCGUAUCGGGAAGCCCUCGGUGUCAGGACGGCGAAGCGGAGGAAGCGAUACAGAGGGACUCCCACCCGCGAAGGCGCGACCGCGAUCGGGGAGUACCAACAUGCUGUACGGCCGGAACUGAAGGCUUGUCCGUUUCGCUGCCGUGUUAUCCUCCAUGCUCUCCUCCUGCACCUCCUCCCCGUGCACUCUCUUACUUUUCUAUCCAUAUCGUGCUAUCCCUUGGUCUUGUUCCUUGCGAUGAUUAUAUGUUUCCCUCUGCCAUCUCACCCGUACAUACAUAAUCUCCUCCCCUCCCUCCUUACCGCGAUUACGAACUGACGAUACAGCAACUGCAGUAGCGGGCCCGGUGGCCGGGUCCCCCCAUAGCUGCACCCCACGUCUCA